ACUCUAUUCAGCAUAAACACCUGCCAGAAAAACAAUGUAAAGAAUUAGUGUAACAUUACACCUUACAAAUGUAACAUCUACGAACAUAACUUUUAUGAAAAGGAAAACAUGAAAUCAGUAAAAGAAGUUGACAGUUCAAAAGAUGAUGGAAAAGCACCAUUUGAUAAAGAAAAAUGUAAAGAGAAAGUUCAACAUAAUGUAGUAGACGAUAAAUUUAAAGCAACAGUUGUGGUUCCAAAGAAGGAUGAAGUGGAUUUAGAAAGUGUGUUACGUGAAUUGAAAAUAUUCGGACGCUACCAUAUCAAAUUUAUGUUUUUGAUUGGAGCCCUAACUGCUCUUAGUAUGUGGCAUAGUACAAAUUAUGUGUUUGCUGUUGAAAAUGUUGGUUACAGAUGUAAAUACCCAAACUGCGGUUACACAGAGCUUUCACAAUUAGAACAAAAUUCAAGUCUUGACUACAAAUGUCACAAAUAUAGACUGUAUGAUGACGAUGGUUCUUGUAGCGAAGAUAAUUUCGUCGUAUCUAAUGCAACUGCUUGCGAUGAAUGGGUAUAUGAUCGACCUGACAGUUUUGUGGCUGAGUUUAAUCUCGGAUGUGAAGACUGGAAGAGGACUCUCAUUGGAACCAUGCACAGCGUAGGAUAUAUGAUAGGGCUGUUUCUAAUAGGCCCCGCAUCAGACAAAUUUGGUAGGAAAAGCGUUAUAGUCUUCACAUCAGUGAUCGGUGCUGUGAUUGGUUUAUCUAAGAGUUUGGUGUACUCCUACUGGUUAUACGUCGUUCUUGAAACGCUUGAACCUUUACUGGGAGACUGCUACUCAGCUACCUUUACUAUAUCUGUAGAAACUGUUACAAAAGAAUAUCGCCCCUUCAUAAUGUUUGUGCUCAACUUAUUCUCGACUUUGGGAGGAAUCUCUGUAGCUACUAUAGCAUGGCUUGCACCAAAUUGGAGAAUAUUCGUCAUAGCGAUAUACGCUCCUGGUCUUUUGUUCAUUCUUUAUAUAUUCUGGAUGGACGAGAGCCUAAGGUGGUUACUCAACAAAGGCAAGAAAGAUGAAGUUGGUGACGUAUUCAGGCAAGCUGCGAAGACCAACAAUAUAAUAAUAGAUGAAAGAAAAUUAUCGAACUUGAAAUGUGAAGAAGACAACACCAACAUAAGUUGGGCGGCUUCUUUAAAAAUGACCGUUUCGUCCAAAAAGCUGCUUCUAAGAUUUUUAUGCUGUAUUUGUAUGUGGUUCACUGCAUUAUUCAACUGCUACGCUUUGAUAAUCAACUCGGUAUCAUUAAAAGGGAACAAGUAUCUGAAUUAUGGGCUCACCGUACUAUCUGGAAUACCAGCCAGUUUUGCGAUAUUGUAUUUGCUGAUGAAAUUUAGAAGAAAGAAUCCGUUGAUAUUUGCAUUUUUGAUGACUGGCACUUGUUGUAUGGCACAUUCUUUAGUUCCAACAGAAUACGGCUGGCUAUCUAUCCUACUAUAUGUUUCUGGAACGUUUUUCUCAUCCAUAUCCAUGCGUAUAGUUUACGUAUACACGUCAGAAUUGUUUCCUACAUACACAAGGAAUACGAUGCAUGCUCUAUGUUCUGCUUUGGGAAGAGUAUCAGCUAUUAUAGCUCCACAAACACCUUUAUUAAUGCAGUACUGGCCAGGUCUACCGUCCAUGAUAAUGGGCAUACUGUCCAUACUAACAGCAUGUGUCGUGACGUUACUACCCGAUACGUCUGACGAAGUAUUGCCGGACAAUGUCGGUCAGGCCGAGGCUGUUGGGAAGAAGGAGAAACAAGAACUAUGUCGUAAAAUGGAGAAGAGGAGUUUUGAUUUUUGUUCUAAAUUGUAAUUUUUUGUCAACAUUAAAAUGCAAAAGUAA